AUGAAAUCAAUAAUAUCAAAUAUAAAUAAUAUAGAUAAUAAUCAUUUAGCAGGAGGUGCAUUAGCAUUAUGGUUUAUAUUAAAUAUUAGUACAUUAAUAUUAAAUAAAUAUAUUUAUUCAUCAUUGUAUUUCUAUUAUCCUAUAACAUUGACGGCGAUACAUAUGUUUGUAUGUUGGAUUGGAAGUGUGGCAGUAUUGCGAGUAUAUAAAUUGAUACCAUUGAUAACGGUACAAUGGAGUGGUAAACAAUUUAUAAAUAUAAUGAUUCUAUCGAUUUUAUUUUGUUCAAAUAUUGUAUUUGGAAAUGUUUCAUUACGUUGGGUUCCAGUAUCGUUUAUGCAAACUGUAAAGAGUUCAGUACCAUUGUUUACUGUUAUCUUGACUACAUUAUUCUUUAGUAAUAUUGGUGGAAAGAAAACAACAUUCACUCGUGGCACUUAUUUAUCGAUGAUUCCAAUCGUUGGUGGUGUUUGCGUUGCCUCGCUAUCAGAGGUGAAUUUCAAUCAAGCAGGUUUCAUCGCUGCUUUAGCCUCAAGUAUUUUAUCAGCUGUUUUUGCAAUCGUUUCAGGUUUGAUUCUAACUCAACAAAUGAAUGCCGUCAAUUUACUCUAUUAUAUGUCCCCAAUAUCUUGUUGUCUCCUCUUCCCUUUGAGCGCUUUCAUGGAAUGGAAUGCUAUCGCAAAUGAAUGGCCACUCUAUGGCGAGAGUAAACCAAUCGUCAUUCUAUUACUAUCGGGUUUAAUUGCUUUCCUUUUAAAUACUUUCACCUUUUUAGUCAUUAAAUUAACUUCACCUUUAACCUACACCGUAUCUGGUAAUCUUAAAGUGGUCCUAAGUAUUUCAAUCUCAAUUUUAGUCUUUAAAAAUGAAACAAACUUUUUCAAUGUUUUAGGUUGUGCCAUAGCUAUCAUGGGUGUAGUUUGUUAUAGUAACAUUAAAUAUGAAGAAUCAAAAGCAAAAUUAGAACAACAACAACAACAAUCUUUAAAACAAUUAGAAUCAAUUUAUGAAGAGAAAUUAGAUAAAGAAUCUUUAUUAUCUAAAUAA